UCUGCACAGUAGUUGUACCGAUGACUGCUGCGGGAUCUCACUUGGUUCUGUCAGAGCCUGCAGAGCACAUGAGGAUUACAUGGUUCUGAAGGACAUGUCAGGAGCCAUGUUUCUGUGGGCCCUGUGGAGUGCUGUGCUGCUUGUGAGUUCAGCUGUUGAAGACGAGGACAAUGUACGAGCUGGCUGCAGCACUGCUCAGAAUGACCUGGUCUACAUUGUGGAUGGCUCCUGGAGUGUAGGUCCCGAAGAUUUUGAAAUAGCAAAACAGUGGCUCGUCAACAUUACCAGCAACUUUGACAUCAGCCCUCAGUACACACAGGUGGGCGUUGUGCAGUAUAGUGACACACCACGACUGGAGUUCUCUCUGGAGAAACACCAGGGGGCAGCAGAACUCAUCCAAGCCAUUAGUAGCAUAGAUUACAUGGGAGGAAACACUCAGACAGGUAGAGCUAUCAAGUUUGCAGUGGACCACGUUUUUGGCUCAUCCCAGAGAGGCAGUACAGUAAAGAAUCGCAUCACUGUAGUCGUGACAGAUGGAAAGUCCCAGGAUGAUGUGGUGGAUGCCAGUGAGGCGGCCCGUGCACAAGGCAUCACCGUGUUCGCAGUGGGGGUAGGAUCUGAAAUCACCACAUCAGAACUGGUCACCAUUGCCAACAAGCCAUCGAGCACCUACGUCCUGUAUGCCCAGGACUACACCAACAUCAACCGGAUCCGAGAGGCCAUGCAGCAGCGCCUCUGUGAAGAGUCAGUAUGUCCUACACGUAUCCCUGUACCAUCUCGUGAUGAGAAAGGCUUUGAGCUGCUGCUGGGCAUGAACAUUCCUGUAAAAGCCAAAAGCAUCCCAGGAUCAUUGUCCACUGAGGCUGCUUAUGCCCUGAGCGCAGAUGUGGACAUCACGGAGCACACAAGGAACAUUUUCCCAGAGGGCCUCCCCCCGUCCUACGUGUUUGUGGCCACAAUGCGUCUGAAGAGUGGCUUCAAGCUGACCUUUGACCUGUGGAGGGUGCUGUCCAAGAACAAGGAGGUCCAGGCAGCCGUGACCCUGAGCGGCCAGAACAAAACUAUUACCUUUACCACCACAAGUGUGACAGACAGGGAGCAGAGAGUCCAAUUCCACACAGGUUUCCAGGCCCUUUUUGAUGGAAAGUGGCACCAGUUGAAAAUCGUAGUUAGGCCCAGGCAAGUCAGUGCUUUCCUGGAUGACCGACUCAUUCAGGAGCACCAGCUGCAGCCUGUGGAGCCCAUCUUCAUCAAUGGACACACGCAGGUUGCCAAGAAGAGCCGCACGGAUGUCACUGUCUCGGUCGACCUCCAGAAGCUGCGUCUAUAUUGUGACCCAGAGCACAGUGAGAGGGAGACGGCCUGUGAGAUCUACUCUGUGGAUGAUGAGAGGUGUCCUCUGAACCGAACAGCCCCAGAGGAGCCCGAUGAUUGUAACUGUGUCCUGGGCCCCCCAGGGCCACGCGGGCCGCCAGGACGCAUGGGUUUUCGGGGAGAGAAGGGCCGGGAGGGGCCCCCAGGCCCUGAUGGGAAACCUGGCAAAGAUGGAAAAGUGGGGGCACCUGGGCCUCCCGGAGCACGUGGGAACAAGGGUGAACCUGGACCCCCAGGACUACAAGGAGAGACUGGUCUCAAAGGUCUUCAAGGAGACCCAGGGGAACCAGGUGUGCCUGGAGAAUCCGGACCUCGUGGACCAAAGGGUGUCCCUGGUGAAAGAGGGGAAAUAGGACCAGCUGGAGAACACGGGCCAAUGGGAGACCCAGGACCUGUGGGGAAAAGAGGAGAGGUGGGAACCCCAGGCCCAAAGGGGCUGAAAGGUGACCCUGGACCUAUAGGUCCUGCUGGACUUCAGGGGGAACCGGGUGAGCGUGGAGCUGUGGGUGCAGCAGGUCCUUUGGGUCCCCCGGGAGACAAAGGCCAAGCUGGACCUCCGGGGUCUGCUGGUGUUAAAGGCACAAUGGGAACACAGGGCGCCCCAGGACCACCUGGAGAAGUUGGCCCUGAAGGAGCUAAGGGAAAGCCCGGAGAUCCAGGUGCAGCUGGAACUUUGGGUCUACCUGGAGAAAAGGGUUGUUCGGGAGAGCCAGGUGCCCCAGGUGUACCCGGUAGGGUGGGGCUCCCAGGUAUCAAAGGUCAUAAGGGAAAUACGGGGGAAACAGGCUGCAAAGGCAUACAGGGAGAACGAGGCCAUGAUGGAGAUCCUGGAGAUCCUGGCUUGCCUGGUGAUGUGGGACCCAUUGGAAGGAAAGGAGAGAGAGGAUCCCCUGGUUAUAUGGGCCCUACAGGAGCUGUGGGGGCUAAAGGAGACACAGGCCAUACAGGGGUGGCAGGCCCCAGAGGUUUUCCAGGCCAAGAUGGACCUCCAGGUCAGCCUGGGCAGCCUGGACAACCCGGAUACCCUGGCAAACCGGGAAAAGCCCCAUCAGAUGACCUUCUCCUGAAGCUCUGCACCCAGGCUCUGCGCAGUCAGUUGCCCGUGCUGCUGCAGUCUGUCAGCGCUCCAACUAGAUGUGCCCCUUGUAUGAGUGUGAAGGGACCCCCUGGUGAGCGUGGAACACCAGGACCCAAAGGCUCUAUUGGACCUCCAGGCUACCCUGGCACAAACGGAGCUACAGGUUAUCCUGGUCCUCCAGGCACGCAGGGAGAUCGAGGCCUUAAAGGUGAUGUUGGACCUAGAGGGCAGAAGGGCAGUAAAGGAGAAGGUCAUCAAGGGCCCCCCGGAGAACCUGGGCAGCCAGGAUCACAAGGUCUACGAGGCUUCGAUGGAACCGGCCAUCCAGGAGUCCCAGGCCCUCAAGGGAAGCAGGGCCCUCCGGGAUAUCCUGGCAAACGUGGGGGCCCCGGUCUACCAGGGGUCUGUGAUGUUUCCAUGUGCUAUCAGAGCUACAACCUCAGAGACCACUACAGCAAAGGCCCCAGCGAGUGAACCCAGGGGCUACUUCUGACUGAGUGUUUGCUCUGCCGUGUGCUGUGUGGUCUGGAGCUUCACAUUUGACAUUUCUACCAUGACAGUGAGGGACAACACAGUGCCCUUAAGAACAGUCACAGGCCUAUACCUACUUCUGAAUCCUCCAUCUCAUGAGAGCCACACAUGUAAAAAACAAUUACAUUCACUUAUAUUUAUUUUUUACUUUCUGUGAUUGUUGUAAUUAGAGUAUUUUGAUUAGUUCAGUGUCUCUCUUACAUGAGAGGCAGGUAGUGCAGGAGCCUCCUCUGAACAUAACACUGUAUCGUUCAGCAUGGCUUUGUGAAGCUGUGGAUGAACAGUAAGGAGUGAAGACAUAAGCUCUACAGAGGAGGGAGAGACAGCCGUUGUACUGGAGUCAUAUUUAUUAUGUGCAACGAGGACCACACCCUAUGAUUGGACAUUACUGCAGCACAUGUCCAUGUGGGUGAGUUUUGGAAAAGAAAAAAAUGUAUGGACCCUAAGUGCCCAGCUCCACUAUGAGCUCUAUUAAGUGCACUUACUAACACUUCCUGAUAAUCACACAGUUCCUGUUCUACCUAUGCAUGCCUGCAUGUUCCUCUGUGUAACAUACACAUGUGGUUAUGCUGUAUGUAGAUUUCACAGUUACCCAGAGGAGUUGUGAGGACAACUAUAGGGGACCACAGGAGCUGUGCGUUCCACAAAUGCUCCACUCCCACAGAAUGUGAGGCUCCCCUCUUCAGUGAUGCCCUGUCUUACCACGAGUUAAGAGUAUUGCAAAUACUGUGUGGCAUUCUGUGUAAAUGACCAAAAUACAAUGGAAUGAUUUCCAUUUGAUAAAACAAGAUUGUGUCAAGCACAGGUAAUGUUAGAAAUGUAAUGUUAUGAUAUAUACAUAUGAUUAUAAUGAUGAGAACUCCCACAAUACUUUGGACCAAACAAUAUUUUCAUGUUCAUUGAUUUGCAGAGGCAUGCUAAAAAUCUCAAGAAGCUAUAGACCAUGAUCCCUUGCAGAGUUUCU